AUUUGCAUGAAUGACUGAACAACGGAAGACAGAGAUCCUUGCUUGCAAACCUGCAUCAUGACCUCAGUUGAGAAGCGCCGCUCAGGCCGAAAAAGUGGCGGGCAUCGAAAGCACAGCGAUGGAGGUUACAGUGAUACCUCCAGCGGUGGGUCCUUUCUGGAUGAGACUGACCGUGAGGUCAGCAAUUUGACAGAUCGAGCAUUUAGGAGUCUCUGCAUUGGAGAUGAGGCUGUUUAUAAUGACUCGGACCUCUGUUCAUCUUCUCCCUGCGCCCAGAGAGACAGACAGCUGGCAUUUAAUGAGAGUGGCCAGAACAGAGACGGCAGAGAGAGGGAGAACCCUAAAAGUGCUUCACAUGAGAGCUUCACCCUCAGGAUGCAGCAGUAUGGACAGGACAUGAUCCAUGGAGGAAUGUAUGGAGCCGAGAUCCAGAGAGAUCCACAGUGGGAGGUUUAUGGAGAGAAGACAAAGGGGAGGGUUUCUGCCUCAUUCCAGCAAUCCUUUGUGGAAACCUCUCAACAGCGGGAAACUCUGGGGCAAGAACAGGUGUCUCUUCUCAGCAAUGGAGCCACAGAGUUGAAUUCACAGCAACGCAGAAGCCGUUCAAGAGUAUCCUCUCUGAUCAGAGCUUUUAACUCUGAGGGACAAAGGGAUGGAGAAGUGGCGGAUGGAAAACCCAGAGAGUGGAAUGAUGAGACAAGCUGGGAUAAAUCGGCUCUGAUGAGUAUCCAAAGGGAACUUACAGAGUUUUCUACUCCUUACCAGCAAAACGUUCACAGUGGUCAGUUCCCUUCAUAUGACACAUUUGCCUCCCAAGACACUAACUUGUACUCCUCUAAAGUGUCUGACAUGAAUUCGGCAUCCUCUUUUAUGAGCUCUUCCCAUAGUAAUCACAGCAUGUCCGCUCAGGUCAACUGUAACUCUAACUUCUUUAUACACAGUGAGUUUAGUCCCUUCAAGGUAUGGAGGGACUAUAACAGGUUUCCCUUCUCACAAGGAGGAGUCUCAGGGUUUAUGCACUGUUCGGAGUUUCCUAAAUGGUAUGAGACACCGAUGUACAAGGAGCUUUCACUGGAGGCCCAACCACAGGGUCCUUAUCAGUUUGGUGAGAGGGUUAUCAGAGACCAGAGGAAUAACUUGGCACCUGUUGUUCCUCCCACUCAUCAACGAUCCACUUCAACAUCUACAAUGAUGCAGAAAGCUCCUGCUGUGGAGAAACGCUGUGAGUCGGAGUUGACUGGUCAUUACCCCCACAGAAAGCGUACACAGAGCCUAGGAACUACCAAGCUUCCACCACAAAGGCCAUCAACUGCGUCACCUUCCAGUGACAUGUCUCGACGUGUCCAGGACACCAUCAGCUCAGUCAAAGCCCUUCAACAAAAAAUAAAAAUGAUGACAGAGCAAAAUUGCAUAACAGGGAUGACAACAAAUCAACCGGGAGGGCUUUGUAGCAAUGACAAUUCAAUAAUCUUUAACAACAAUGCAGAAUCAAUGGCACCAAAUGUUACCAGUGGUACCACAAGGACGACCCCCUUCAACAUCAGCCAUCUGCUCACGCCUUUAGUUUAUGCACAUCAAGAAGCAGAGACAUCAGAGGUCGGACAGAAUGCAGAUUCUCCUCAACCUGUGGAGCAUGCUCCAGUGCGAGCAGAAAGCAGAGGAGCCACUCCAGAUAUUAGGAUGUCCAGCUACAGAUCCAGAGCCAGCAGCCUACUCUUCAAUCUCAAAGAUAAUAGGAAAAGAGUCAAAAGCACCUACAGUCCUACCAAAUUCAAAGGCUUGGAGACAUUUGAGAAAAACAUAGAGCCCUCUACCCAGGAGCCAAGAGACACUGUGAUAGACAUCCCUGAUUUUCCAGAUCCAGACAUUCAAUUUCUCCAGGUAGAGGAAUCCACCAGGACUAAUGCUGCCUCAGAUCAAUAUGCAAACAACUAUCAUAGCCCUGGAUUGACGCUUUCAAAACUAAAUUCUCAACCUGAACACAUAGGCCAAAUCGCAAGUAAUUACCAAACAGCUCAGAUGCAAAGUGAGAUGGUUCAACACUCAGGCUUCACUGACCUUAAACCUCAAAAUCUUCCUGCUAAUGGACAGAAUCUCUAUGAAGAAUUGUCGUUUACUCCCUAUAAGGAAGGCGGGAUAGAUAAUGUAGAAUCUCCGGGAGGUGAUGUAUACAAGUUUAAACAAUCCUAUACAGCUACAGAAACACCACGGGUAAAUGCUGACAACUUUCAACACAGAGGAAACGCAAUAAGUAAGGCAAAUGCUGAGCAACAUUUAAAUCAAACAGUGGAAAGGGAAUUCACAAAAGUGGAUAGAUAUCAGCAGCUCAAAGACAAACAAUAUGAUGACAGUAAUGUGUCCUCACAUGAUAAGUGGAUAAUGACAAACAGCCGCGACACAGACAAUCUGAAAGCAAUCUCUCCAUGGAAACAAGAGAUAACUGCUUUAAUGGAAAAAGACCAACAUGCACAGGCUUCCCAAAGAGCAGCCAUAAUAAAGGAGGAACUCAAUUCACCAAAAGACAAAUACAGACAAAAUCAGCAGAGUGUAAAUAAAGAAUUUGAGAAACGAAAUGCUCCAUUGAGUAAUGACAGUAUAGAAAACCCAGCAUAUUAUGGACAACACCUUGGAGCUUUUAAGGACAAAUAUGCACUUCAAAAGUAUUACGGACACAAUGAUGGAAAUGAACCGAAAGAUGAUUAUUUGACACAGAAUAAUGACAGAUAUGCUGAUCAACAAUAUAAAAACCAACACACGUUGAAUUUCAAUAAAGACAUCAGUACCCCCAUGCAAGAAACAGCUCAGAGGAAACAAUAUAUGCCAAAUCUAAAGGUGUAUGAAUUGCAAAGUCAGCAGCCAAUAGAAACUAAAUCACAGUUGGAACCAAAUAGGCAGAAAUGUUCAUUAUCUAACCCUGGCAAUGCAUUUGCCCCCACAAUGGCUAACCAGGUGAAAGAUAGAUAUGUUAUUGAGAUUAGGCCUGAACAGAUCAGAGCAGAGGAUAUCAAAGCACAACACAACCAAGCAGAGCUGGCAAAGGCACAACACUGGGCUCAACUGGAUCAGCCCAAGGGGGAACCAGCUAGGUUAAUUUUAGCAGGGCAGAUUGGUUUGGAGAAAGGCAAAGCAGAACAGGCCAAAGCAGAACUAACAGAGCACAAGCGCGUCAACCAGGUUAAACCAAAACAUAUGAAAACGGAGGAGCAAAUAGAAGAAAAGUCUAGACAAAAUCUACCUGAGUGUGCCAGAGAUGAACAGACAAAGUCAGAGCAAACCAAAUUACAGAAAAAUGACCAGGUCAAAGUAAAACAAGCUGAAGCAGAGAGGCUAAAAGAAGAAAACAUAAAAGCUGAACUGGCAAAGGCAGAGCAGGCUAGGCAGGCAAGGUUAGAGCAGGCUAAAGCUGAACAGGCCAGAAGAGGAAAGAUUGAAGCAGAGCACAUUGCGGAAGAAAAGGCAAAAGCAGAUCAAUUUGAAAAAGGGAGAAUGGAGGCAGAACGAAUCAGAACAGAAAGAGUUCAAGCUGAACAGGCUGAAGCAGAGCGUAUAAAAGCAGAAAAAGCUAAACUUGAGCAGAUACAGAAGCAAUCAGCUAAAGCUCAAAUAGCUAAGCUAGAGCAAUUACAAGCGCAACAAGCUAAAGCAGAACAAGCUAAACUAGAGCAAUUACAACAGCAACAAGCUAAAGCAGAACAAGCUAAGCUAGAGCAGAUAAAAGAGCGACAAGCUAAAGCAGAACAAGCUAAGCUAGAGCAGAUACAGGAGCAACAAGCUAAAGAGCAACAAGCUAAACUAGAGCAGUUAAAAGAGCAACAAGCUAAAGAAGAACAAGCUAAACUAGAGCAGUUACAGGAGCAACAAGCUAAAGAGCAACAAGCUAAAGAGCAACAAGCUAAAGAGCUACAAGCUAAACUAGAGCAGUUACAGGAGCAACAAGCUAAAGAGCAACAAGCUAAAGAGCUACAAGCUAAACUAGAGCAGUUACAGGAGCAACAAGCUAAAGAGCUACAAGCUAAAGAGCAACAAGCUAAAGAGCAACAAGCUAAACUAGAGCAGAUACAGGAGCAACAAGCUAAAGAGCAACAAGCUAAGCUAGAGCAGAUACAGGAGCAACAAGCUAAAGAGCAACAAGCUAAACUAGAGCAGAUACAGGAGCAACAAGCUAAAGAGCAACAAGCUAAACUCGAGCAGAUACAGGAGCAACAAGCUAAAGAGCAACAAGCUAAAGAGCAACAAGCUAAACUAGAGCAGUUAAAAGAGCAACAAGCUAAAGAAGAACAAGCUAAACUAGAGCAGUUACGGGAGCUACAAGCUAAAGAAGAACAAGCUAAAUUAAAGCAGAUAGAAGGGCAAAAAGAUAAAGCAAAACAAGCUGAAAUAAUGCAAAUACAAGCGCAACAAACUAAAGCAGAACAAGCUGAACCUGAACAUAUACAAGAGCAACAAGCUAAAACAGAACUUGGUAAACUUGAGCAAAUAAAAGAGAAACAAGUUCAAUUCGACCAAAAUAACACUAAGGUAGUUAAAAUGGAAAAUGCCCUAAUAAAUUACGUUCAAGUUGAAGAUGUAAAACAAAAAACAGUUUUGAAAGAUUCAAUACAUGCUAGUCGAGAAUCUGCCGAGCAACCUUCAACACAGAUAAGUAAAGCCAAAGACAUAAAGGCAGAGCAGGCAAAGUUAGAACUAACCAAAGUUGAGCUAGCUAAAGAAGAUAAUAUGCAUGAAAGGUCGCCAGUGACACAGCAGGUCAAAAGAGAGCCGGAUAGAGUUGAGCUAGUUAAGACAGAGUUGGCUAAAGCUAAAGCUGAAUUGGCUAAAAUAAAAGAGAAAAUGAGAGGAGAGCAAAAGGAGAAAGUCAGAAAUACAGUUCUAACAAAAGAAAAUGGGAGUAAGACAGAUGAUUGUUUAAAGAUAAAUAUCAAUAAAAAUGCAGAUCAACAGCAGUCAACACAAAUGCAUCAACAGAGGGAUGACUCAGUUUUAAGCAAGCAAUAUGUAGAUCAAGUUAAUAGUGGUCCUAAUGAAUAUCUGCGUCUUCGAGAGAAAUAUGGUUUUAUUGAUACAACUUCACCAACCAGCAACAACGUGUUGGCUGCAGGAAAUGUUUCUUCAAAUGACGCUGAUGAAAUACCAGUUGUAUCUCUUAAUGAAGUUGAAACAAAAAAUAAAUCUAGUCCUACAAGCAGAGUGGCAACAGAUAACACACAGAAUGAGGAGGAAGCAGGCAGCUUGAAACCUAAGGAGUUGACAGAUAGUCAGUAUGUUUAUAGUGAGUCAUCAAAGGAAUUCAAAUUAUCUGGUGGUAAUUAUUUACCUUUUAAUGAAGAUGAAACAGCAAUUACUGACAAUGUUACUGAUCAAGUUAAGGAUGACAGUCUUGAAAAGUCGAAGAAAUCUGACCCUCUGAAACACACUGAUAUUUCAGAACAAAGAGAUUCUCAUCCGCCUAAACUGUUCCCCUUCGAGCGAAAUGAAGGUUCAGAUAAAGGUUCGCACUUCACCCCUCCCAGAGCAUUGUCCAGUAAAGAGAGAGCACAGACCAAACAGGAGAUUCUGACCUCAAGGAUAAAAGCCCAUGCUGAAAAAGAAAUUUCAGCUAUCAAGGAAAAGGGGUUUGCAGUAAGAGAAGGGUUUAUGUCCAAACAUCCUGCCAGGCAGUUAUCGGGUAGUCAGAGUAUGAUUAUACGACAGAGGCCACCAGCACAGGAAAUGUCUAAAAAACAUGAAAUUUCCAGUAAUCACACCCUAAAGCACCAGAUGGAGCCUUCAGAAAUACAGAUGGAUCCAGUCAAAUCUUUUUCACCUCCAAGCUCUGCUUCAAUCCCAGUUAACUCUGCCGCAAUCUCCAGUAAGUUAUUGUACCAUGAAGAACUAAUUAAGAGCAAUGUCAAUGGGCCCAAAACAUCAAAAAACAUAAAAGAUAGAAGUUAUAACAUGAGCGCAAAUGAAGGAUUGGUUGAAAAUCUAAAGAAAGAGAAUCAAACUGGAAUUAAGUCACCUAUACAAAGUAAGGAGCAGACACCCAAAAACAAGCGAGAAAAACAAGACGCAGAUCAAGGAAAAAGCUCAAGGCAGAAAGAGGGACUAAAAGACAAUGUUGAUGUAAAAACUGAACAUCUCAACAAGAAGAAAGAGGAGCCAUCAAUAGCUAUAGCUGCGGUCGAAUCUGAAAAAUCAAAACCUAUGACGACAGAAGAGACGGAAAUUAAACAUGAAGCUGGACAUGAGGACUCAGCACCUUCACUAAAUACUGUCUUUGGUCAGAACGAGACCCUAGUAGCUGAUGAGAGCUUGAAGAUCACAGGAAUAAUGGUUAGUGUGCGAGAAAGAAAGCAAUCUAUGGACAAAGGUCAGAGUAAUAUGAGCACUCUAGAACAAAUGAAUCGUAAAGAUUGCAAUAAUUCAGAGAUAGAUAAAUGUAAUUCCAGCUCAGGUCUGGAAGCAAGUAAAGGAAAUACAUCUUCAAUGGAACUUAGCAUGGUAAGGCCAAAGGUUGAAGUUGUACGGAACACUCAUUCUACAAAGAAGGAAGAUCAAACUAAUGUUGGUAUGAAUAAUCGUCACGAAAACAGGCAAGAAACUUCAACCCUAGAAGCUAGAAUGAAAAAUGUGUCUGAGACUGUCACAGAGAAAAAUACUAAUCUCCAGCAGGAGAGUUCUACUAUAAUUGUAAAAUCCCUGGUUAAAAAAGGUGCACCCUCCACAGUCACUGAACUUGCUAAAAAUAAAGUUUUGGCUGAAUCGCAACCCCUUCUCUACAAACAGGACAUAAUGGCAAAUAAAAUUAAAGAUCAAACAAAAGAAACGGCAAGAGAAAACUCAGCAAAAAGCCUGAGACUAGAUAAAGUAAAGAUUAGUACCGAACAAAACGAUCGUCCAACAACACAUACCAACAACAACUCCAAGCCCGAAGUGAUAGAAAACACAAAUGGAGCUGAUGCCGAAACUCUGAUAAAACAUGACAUCCAGCCGUCAGUAAAAGAAGACAUGUCAACUGUCAGAAAUCCACCCAAAAGCAGAAAAAUAGAUGGCAACAGUGCACCUCUAGUGGAAGAAAACAUGUGUGACUCUACACCACCAAAGCCAUUCAUCAAAAUCAGUCCCUCAAUUAAUUUAACUGAGAAUGAAAACACCCAUGUGUCUCCAAAACGUCAGUAUGAAGAGACACACAUGGACAAAAAUAACCAAGAGGAUGAUAAUGUGAAUAUAGGCAGCAUUGCCAUCAGAGUUGUGCCCGCAGUAACUGAAAAGGUCAACCUGAAAAUGGUGGGAAAACAUAGUGUCACCACUAUCCCCUCUGAUGUACUUGCACUGGAUGAGUUUAAACAAGAUGGACAAUCCAGUCUUGGAGAAAAAGUAAACACUUUAAACACUGAAGACAGAAGCAAAGUCCUUGCUCCAGCAAACAGUGAGAAGCAGACACAAGACAGUUUGGAAGAAAAAUUGGCAGUACAAAGUGUGUUGUCCAGUGUUAAAAGGCUUUCUGAUUCACUGAAAAUCAGCAAUCAAGAAAACAGCAUAAACACAACCAUUGAGAACACUGAAAAAGGACAGCCUCAAAGAGUCAAUAUGAGAGAAACAGUGGACGAUUUAAAGAAACAACCAACGGUGGGAGACUACUUCCAAGUACAAGGGGUAUCAGAAACUAAUGACGACACACAAAACUGUACAAAUGUUGAAGUUACGUCAGAUGCGGUUUCAAAAGAAAAGGAACUUCCAGGAUUACUACCAAACACGGCAGCUAUCAGCAAUAAAUCCUGCAAUGAAGAAAAACAUGUGGUUGAUCAAAGUGAAAGGAAAACAGUGGAAACAAUUUCAGCAAAAGUUCAAGAUGAUAAUAUGAAAAGGAAAAACGGGAAAACAGAAGAUAACCUGGCUUCGAAACAGAGUGAUGGUCCCACAGAGAAACAGAGUAAUAGUCCCACAGAGAAACAGAGUAAUACAAAUGAGAAGACAGAAGCCAGUCAAGCUAUUCACAUCAGAAAACGUCAAACAGUGAAGCAGCCCAGUUUAUCAGCAAGGGAAAGGCAGAGCUCAAGAAAAACCCACCCAACAUAUGAGGAUACAGAUAAGGAAAAACCUCAAGUUAAACCAAAGCCAAAAGAAAGGGUAUCCACAAUACCUGAGAUAUCAGCACUUGCAGACUAUGCCAGGUUAAAAGUGAUUGUUUCAGAAGAUGAAGCAAACCCAAUUCAGGAAUUCCCGCCUAACAAAAAGGAGGGAUUCUUUCCAAUAAUACAGACUCGCCAUAGCAGACGUCCGGUGUUCACUGCUGACCCACAAGUCCUCCCUGUGAAACAGAAAAGUCUGCCAAAAAAGACGGAGGUCAACUCCAAGUUGAACAAAGAGCCCAAACCUGUCGUAUUUCCAAUUACAGAGAAAGAACACCAAAGGACGGGGAUGUUCAAGUUGGGCGACAAAGAAAGACAAGACAAAAUGAAAAUGGAUGCCAAAGCCAAUAAAGGUAUAUUAGAUGGAGAUUCAAAACAAGCACAACACCUCAAAGAAACAAGCAAGUCACCAACAAAGUAUCUUUCGAACCAGAGAAGUGAAAAACAAGUGGCUGGAACUGAUAACCAAAGAGUUUGUCAAGAAGCACAAAGCAUUCAUCAGCCAAAUAAUCCUCCGUCGCUAUCAACAACCUCAGUCAACAGGCUACGAAGCAAUUCUGCAUCACAACACCUCAAGACAAUGGAUAGCUCCAAUCCACCUGAACACGUUGUGGGAGAAGGGUGCAGUGUAGAAGACACCACAGCAACUCCAAGAAAAGAUGGGAAGAUUGAAAAUGCACUGGCUAACAUUGGGGAAGAUAAAAGGAGACAAAAAAUGCUUGCAACUCGGCAUGAGGAAAUCGAGGCACAACCGCGCAGUAGAGCAAAACAGUUUGAGGAAAAAGAAGCUUCGAGGAUUGAGGAGGGGAAGAGAGCAGAAGAAAUGAGAGUUCAACAAAUGAUAGAGGAAAAUAGAGCUUCUCUGGCUCAAGAAGAGAGGAGAGCUGCUCAGAGAGAAGAGGAGAGGAGAAUAAGGGAACGGGAGGCCAUUUCUGCUAAAAUCAAGGAGAGGCGGGGGAAACAGAGAGCAGCAGAAAGAAGAGCAGAAGAAGAAAAAGCAUCUCAAGAAAAAGAGGCGACCAGAGCAAAACAAAUAGAAGAAGAACGGAGAAUAAAAGAAAUUGAGGAGAAGAGGAGAACAAAGGUUGAGGAGGAGAGAAGAGCAACAUUAAGAAAGGAGGAAGAGUUGCUCAAAGAAAAUGAGGAGAAAAGGAGGAGACAGCAAGAGGAGAAAGCUGUUCAAGAGGAGCAGCAGAGGAGAGCCACUCUUGAGGAGAAGGAGAAAGCAGAUCAGAAGAUUGAAGAGCAGAUGAGAGAGAGGCGGAAAAGGGAAGACUGGAUGAGAACUCAGAGAGAGGAGGACGAGAAGAGAGCUGUUGAAAAAGCACUUAUAAAACAAAGAGAAGAACGGAGAGCCAAAGAGGAGAUGAGCAGACUCAUUGAGGAAAGCCAAGCAGCAAUAAAAGAGGAGGGGAAGAGAGUGGCAAGAGAACGGAUGCAAACUCAAAGAGAGGAGGAGAUCAGGGCUCAGAGGAGGGAAGAGAAAGAUCACACGUUUACUGAUCACAGAGAAACGGAGAGAGCCGAAAAGCAGAAAAGAGCAACAGCAAAGAUGGAUUCCCUCCAGUACUAUGCCAUCACCUCAGCAGAUUCAGAGAAGAAACCCAGAGAAAGACAGCUGUGCUCCCCUUCACCUUCUCAACAAAGACAGCAUCCCUCAGGGCUCGGGUCAGCCGAGGACUCAGGAUCAUACACGAGGUCCUAUAGGCCACAAGCAGCUGCAUCUCCAGCACUAUCUUUGCCCCGCUCAAACAGCUCCUCUCCUGCUCUGGGAGUCAAGCCCUCAAUGUUCAGGGUGAAGGACAACACUUUCAGAGGUUCCUCUCUCACCAAGUCGGUCAAACCACGCCUCCAUAAAAGCUUUGGAGAGGAUUUCCGGGUAGGAUCACCCCUGGAGAGAGGAGAUGAAGAGCAGGAGAUCAUGAGACGCAGCGCUGGUACUCCUGACACAGGUUUAAACAGACUUGCUGCUAUCAAAGAAUCCUCCACUUAUCCAUAUUCAUCUCAAGACUACUCAGCCCAUCUCUCCCAGCACAGACCGUACUCAAGGAGGAGCAUUGUUCUAGAUGAAGACGACUCUCGCUCCGUCAUCAGCAACAUGUCCGAGGAUGGCGAGAGUUGUGCCACCAGUGCAGCAGACCUUGCAGACCUACGAGGCCUGUAUGACUACGAGAGACCAGAAUCGGCCUGUAGCUACAGCAGUGAUAUGUCCCGUUCUACGGGCAAGCCUCCAACUGUUCCUCCAAAGAGUGAGAAAGCCUUGCGAAGAGCAAAAAGGUUGACAACUCGUAGAAUAAAGAAGGAUAUCUCUAAAACGGUAGCAGACAGCCCUGUUGGAGUUGAGAAAUCUCUUCAAGAAGACGCCAAUAGUCCUUCCUCCAUUGAGGUAUGCUCCAACAUCCGCCGAGCUGUUGCUUCCCCUCAUUUUUCCUCACCUGUCUCCCUCGCUCACGCUCCAGCAGCAGGGUCUGGCUUGGCUUCUUUACACUCUAAGCAUCAAUCUUCUCACAGCUAUGCUUCCCCCCAUGCCACUGGUCCUAUCUCCCUCGCAGUUGCAUCACCUCAUGCCACUGCCCCCGUUUCCAUCCCUGUUGCCCCGCCUAAUGCUGCUGGCCCUGCUUCCCACACUUCUGCUCUUAAGACAGUUGCUCAUGUUUCUUCUUCUCCCAUUCUCCAUCAUGCCAAACACCCAGCUCCAGCUCCAGUGACACAGUACCAUGUAGAGUCAAGCUACCCCCAUUCCUACCCAAUGACCCAGCGUAAGGUGCUGCAAGACCUCGGCUCUGGUCAGUAUUUUGUGGUUGAUGUGCCGGUUCAAGUUAAAACUAAGACUUUCUUCGACCCAGAGACGGGAAAGUAUGUCCAGCUGAAUGUGCGCGAGUCUGGCCAAAGCACCUCCCGAGCCCCGCCCCAGCAGAUGUACACACAACCUCAGCUCCAACCACACAUGCAGGUCAAGGUUCAACAACAGUCCCAGGUCUCUCCAGCUGGCAAGCCUUUUGGGGUUUAUCAAGGCAACCAUGGUUAUCCCAAAGACUACCAAGCUCCAUCUAUCAACUCUGUGCCCUCCCACAGUUUAUCGGCCCCUGUGACCGUCCACCAGAACCAGCAGUCUGUCAGGCAGAGCCACAGCUAUGGACACACAGCCCCUGAGAUGGGACAGAACUCUGACGGGCAUUGCUACAGCCCAGAGAAGACUCCAUACAUGGACACAGUUAAUGAUAAAGGCAAAACAUAUAACACAGUUUACAACACACAUGGCCCAUAUGAAUCCUUCCCAGAGUUUGACACAAACAGCCAGCUUGCAGGAAGCCCGGUUUGUGAAAAUGAUAACUCAGCCCACUCACAAAGUCAGCCCCGUGAUAUAAUAAGCAUCAGUGAACUGGAUGACUUUAUGGAGAUGUCUGACUGGUGAGAGCAAAGACUGUUAGCUUUUUCUUCUAAAGGGGUUGAUACUGUUAAACAGAUAAGUGAAGUACCCAAAAGCACAGUAUGAAUGGAUCAAGAUAUGCAGUAUUUUAAGUGUAUGUGAAUGACUUCAAGUGAAAAUACUGAUUGAUUUUGGAGAUUCACUGUUGCUAUUUUUUGUUCACCAUUCCAUUUGACUUUUGAAUGUGAGAAGUUAAGAUAUGUGUCUUGUGUAUACAUUAAUAAGUAUCCCAUUGUCUCCUGAACCUAUAAGUAUUUUAUCAUACAUUAGAAAAGCAACAGUGUGACUAUAGUGUUUAGUAGUUUGGAAAAACAUUGGUUUCUGCUAUGAACAUUGGCAAGCCUUUUUAAGUUAUAUUUAUUUUUAAUCCAUUUUGUGAUGCAUGACAAAUUGGUAGACCUGAAGUGACAAUGAAAUAUCUGCAGAUGGUGUAGCGCCUAGUUUGUCAAAGUCAGACAAUGGUAAUGUGAUUAUUGCUGUUUUUGAGGUUUAAUUUCAUACAGUACUCCAUUUUGAAAGUUGGAAGUUUGUGAGAAUGUUGCUGUGAUACAGAGUAAUGCGGAAUGGACUAAUUAAAGCAAUAAAAACACUUAAUUCAUCCAAACAAUGUCACCACAAUGUCUUUUAGAAUCACAUUGUAAAGGUUUUUGAAUAAACAAAAAGGAAAUGUAAAAUAUUAC